AUGUUGCUGAACUUUUUCCAGUCCACUCCGGAUAUCUUCCAGCGGAACAGGUCCAUCUUAGUGGUUGACUUAUCCUCUUGCUGUGCCCUUUGGAUGACAAUGGGUUUGUGGUCGGAGCCGGACGUGCUAAGUAAUGACCAGGUUGACUCUGCUGACACUGCUGCUGUGGUGAUGGAUAUGUCCGGAGAUGUGCCUGAGCGUCCGCCAUUUCGGAGACACGUUAUGCACACCGGGUCAUUCAGGGCGGCAAGCUCUUCCUCUCUUAUCAAGUCUUCCAUUCUUCUCCCUCCCUCGUCCUCUCUCACUCCGUCCUGCCAUAGUCCCGAGUGCGCAUUGAAGUCACCGAGCCACAUCAUUUUGGGGUGA